AUGCAGUCCAUCAGAGAGUUGAAGCCCAGCUUCAGCGGUCCUCCUCCCUCCUCUAUGGGUGCUGGCCCCGAUGCCUACCUCCAGGGUAACAUCCGGAUGACUCUGGAAGACCCUGAACUCUGGAAGACCUUCCACGAAAUUGGAACAGAGAUGAUUAUCACUAAACCAGGAAGGAGGAUGUUUCCACAUUGUAAGAUCAAUCUGUCCGGCCUUAUCCCAUGUGCCAAGUACAUCUUACUGGUCGAUAUGGUCCCUGAAGAUGGUUUCAGGUAUAAGUGGAAUAAAGAGAAAUGGGAAGUGGCGGGGAAAGCGGAGCCCCAGCCGCCCUGCAGGACCUACCUCCACCCCGACUCGCCGGCCCCGGGGAGCCACUGGAUGAAGCAGUCUGUCUCCUUUCUAAAGCUCAAGCUCACCAACAAUACGCUUGACCAGCAUGGCCAUAUCAUUCUGCACUCCAUGCAUCGCUACCAUCCGCGCUUCCACAUUGUUCAGGCGGAUGACCUGUUCAGUGUCCGCUGGAGUGUCUUCCAGACCUUCACCUUCCCCGAGACGUCCUUCACGGCGGUCACAGCAUACCAGAACACAAAGAUCACAAAGCUGAAAAUUGAUCACAACCCGUUCGCAAAAGGUUUCCGGGAUGAAGGCACCAAUAAAAAAAGGCGUUCAAACAAGAACCCAGCCUGCCUCGACAAACGAGCCAAGAUGUCAGACGUUCUGAGUAGAGACUCAGAGGAGGACAGUCCACCAGAUUUCUGCCGCUCAUCAUAUGAGGGUUAUGACAGAGAGGAAGGCGACCUGCCGAAACAGAAAGAGACUGAUGGUGUCAAAGAGGAGCGUUACUCCCCUUGGACUGCUGAGAGGGACCACAGUGUGAGGACUGAAUCACCCACCGGGGCCGACCCCAGGGACAUGUACAACACGGAGCAGCUUGUUCCCGCUCCAGCUUCUUACCAGCCAUACAGGUUCCACGAGUACGGAAAGUCCCCGUCCCCCUCCUCCAGCAUUGGCAGCAGCAACAGUGGUUCAGGACGUAGCAGCUUUGAGUCCAGAGUCCAUGAUGUCGCCACUGUCCCAGAUCACGAUUCCUCAAAGCCUCGUACGCACGAGAUCGGCCCUUCUUCUUGCGGCCCCCAGCACCUCCCCGCCCCACAGGACUACACCGGGGUCCUCAACAUGACCAUGGCCCAGGCCGGGAAGCCAGGGGUGAUCGGCCACCACAUCUACAGCCCAUACAAUGCCGAGCAGCCGCUGGGUCAGUGGAGUGGCCCCAGCCCGGCCCAGUACCCCCCUCCUCACCACCUGACCGCUGACUACACCACACAGGCUGUGCACCACGGCUAUCACCAUGGCAACGUUGCAGAGUGGAGCCAGUACCCGCUGUUCUCUUACUCCUGCUGGUGA